AUGAGCGAAGAAACAUGUUCAAUUGGAAAUCACCGUGGUUCAAUGGAUUCUGAAGUAGACAAGGCUCGUGGGGAUUCGGCCGCAGUUGAGGAGAGGGAUCUGAAGUUGGAGGUGCUGGACUAUCAGGCGGAGAUGAUGGACGAAUUGAACGAGAUGAUUGCCAAGGAGGUUGAGCGACAGAAACAAGUCAAGAUCCUUGGUGAAUACGUGGAACAAAUCUGCAACGAACGUUUCACCCAAAUGGAAACUGUUAUCCUGAAAACCAAAGAACUAAUGGUUUCGACCCUGGAGUGGAAUCUGGAGAAAGCGACUGAGGGCUCUCAGGAGUUCCGUGAGAACAUUCGAGAGCUUUUGAAGUUGUACAUGGUGGUCAAUCAGAGAAUGGAGGCUGAGGAGGAGAAGAUAAAGGAGCUUGAUGGUCUGGUCAGUUUGCUGGAGGAGACUAUGGAGGAGUAUGAGCUGGUGAAGGAGAAUAUCAAGCUGACUCAACAGAUGUUGGGGCUAGGCCUGCGUACUCCUGCCGAGCCAGCUCUUCCCGAGAUCAGCAAGGCACAGCCUCGUGAGCCCUUUGAGACCAAGAUUGCCUGCCUGGUCCCUCGUAUCAAUGAAGAAAUGGAUGUGCCUCCUUCCACUAGCAUCGCAUCUUCCAGGACUCAUGGAAUCAGUCAAAGAGCAAGGGAAUAG